CCAUACCUUAUAUAGUAUUGAUAUUUUAGUUAUUCAUUCGUUUGCGGUUCCUUCGUCCGAGUAACCAUCUGUCAGAGUUUCGAGCAUAUAUUUUAUAGAAGAAAUGCGUAUCCUGCAAAUUGUAACGGCAUGGCUCAUUCUCAUCGUUAUACCACACUAUGGUUUUGGAUACAUCCAUGGUUUUGGAUACAGUAAGAAAGGACAACACUUGUGGUCGAAGAACUACAAUUAUUGUUCAGGAAAACGACAAUCACCAGUGGCUAUAUACACACCAGACACGAUCGUUAAACCAUUUCCGGCUCUCGAACUGAUUUUUUAUCACAAUGCUCUUCCAAUGCCGCAAUUAUUAAUAAAUGAUGGAAAAACUGUUGAACUUACUAUAGAUAAAAAUGCGACAGAAGAAAUACAUACAUUGCCAUAUAUAUUCGGAGGCUUGUUGCCUCCGAAUCAAAAAUUUCAAAUGGAACAAAUACAUUUUCAUUGGGGCUUAGAAAAUAAUAGAGGUUCCGAACAUGUACUAAACGGCAUAAGAUAUCCAAUGGAAAUGCAUAUUGUACAUUACAAUACAGCAUAUGACAAUUAUUCGCAUGCAUUACAGUAUGAGGAUGGUAUAGCUGUAAUAGCCGUUUUCUUUCAGUUGCAACAUGAAGACAAUGAGCGCCUUCAACCUCUUAUAAGCAAGUUACCUGAUGUGAAAUGGCCACAUACAGAGUUGUCGGUCAAUAUAUCUCUCACUCUGUCAUCUCUACUACCAUCAAACACCGAUGUCUUUUAUACAUACAAAGGAUCUCUCACAACUCCGCCUUGUAACGAAGUAGUCAUCUGGAAUAUUUUUGCUAUUCCAGUUCCAAUAUCUCUCCGUCAGAUAAACGAGUUCCGGUCACUCUCAAACGGCACCGGACCAUUGGGCGAUAAUUAUAGAGAAUUACAAAAUCUUAAUCACCGUAAAAUAUAUACUCGACAAUUCAACCCACCGUAUUGGACAAAAGAUAUUAAACACGGUUUUACAAAUUCAAGUUGGUUUUGGGUGUAAUACAAUAAUCGAUAAUUUUUGUUUUUAUAUUUCGACCAACUUGUAAAACUGAAAUAUUUGU